GUUUACAUAAAUAAUAAAUUUGAAAACAAACUCAAAUGUUUGUUUUGGUUAUGAUUUUGUUAAUUUUUAAAAUUUGUUGUGAACAAAGUGAAAUAACAAGAGCUUACUUUAAUGGGAACAGUAACUUUUUAAAAUUACUGUCUACACCAAAAGAGUACUCAGUUUUAGAAAGCAAACAACAAAGUGAAAAAAACAAUAAACAACAAACUAAUAAUAAUUUUUUAAUUGACGAUGAUUUGGAAUUCUCUCCGGAAAAGUGCGACAAAAUAUUACUAGAUAACCGUGAUGCUGAGUUUAUUGGUCAAGGGAAGGGAAUAAAACGCUUUGCACAAGAAUGCACCACAGCUCAAGAAAUUCUGGACGAGUAUAACGAAGAAUUAUCUUUUGGGUCUGUGUUAAAUCAAAAGGAAAUAAAACCAAAAUGUGUAGAAAAAUGUAGUACCAGUAGUUAUUUCACUACUAACCACAAGAAAAGACAAGUUUUCCAUAAAAACAUGUUAAAAAAAUUAUCUAAUAAAAGUAUACAAAACGUUAAUAAGAACCACCACAAGUUAAAGUCCUGUUGUAGUCACCACAAGCAUUAUCCAUCACACAGAAGAGACCUUUCUUCAGACUUGGUUGCAUCUGACCUGAGUGCCAAAAGAAUCAGUUACUAUGGAGAUCAUGACAGAAUGGAUAUUUCAGAAUACAGACCUGGUUAUGGCAUUGAUCAAAACAUACAUACAGACAAUAAACAAAGAAAACCCAAUAAUGAGCCUCCCAUAUCAUCAGAUGAUUACGCUCAUGACACAGAUCUUAACCAAAUGCACUCUUCAAAUGAAAAUAGUACAUCGUUUUCAAUCUUAGAGCCUAAUUUAUCAACUAAGGAUAUUUCAACUGAUAUCACAACUGGAAACGUGUUGCACAAUUUAAUUUUUCCACACUAUAAUAAAACCAGUAUUUAUGUCAAAACUACAACAAAUAUUCCGGAUUUUUCGAUACCAACCAUAAUUAACGGAACGACAAAAAAUAAUGACAAAUCACAAAACCUGACUUCAACUGCUAAAGUUAUACUAAACACAAACCUACUAAUAAGUACAACACCAUCAAAACUUACUGAUUCGGGAUUUACUGAUACAGGAUUGCCAACAAACGUUACCAUCCCAGUUAAAAAAGGAAUGACAGAGGACUCUUGCAUUUCACUGUUAGAACAAUCAUCUAUAAAUGAAAAUGUUGGUGAAUUAACAGGCAUUCAACAUACGACUAAGUCAGUUGGCCAUCUUCACGAGAUAAUUCGAAAAAUAAACAACACUAUAAAUAAAGUUAAGAAAGGCCAUGGAACUACAAAGUCACCAAUAAUUAAGUUAACCCAUCAUCAACAAGAAGCAACACCAGCUAUUUCAGUAAUAAAGAAAAUGUUAGGAUUACCGCCCAAAAAUGCCAAGGUCAAGUCUUCCACAAAUACUAGUAAACAUUUUGUUAUUCCAGAAGAAUGUUUAACUCAAGGACCAAAAGGAAAUAAAGCACAUCCUUUCAGACAUAAGGGUGGUGAUCCAGGAAACCACUACUUGCACGGAAAACCCAAACUGAUGACGUUGGAGAGUAACGCUUCUACUGUAGAGUAUCCCUCACAAUUUUCCAACUAUUCCAAUGAAACAACUUGGUCAACAGAUGACACAAAACCUUCAGAGAUACCGUCAGAGGAACCAUUCAUCCCAAGAGUAAAAGGACACUUCAGUAAAUUGUUAAACACCAGUUAUACUGGUCUUGAAGACUCUACUACGUGUCCCAGUGACAACGAUAUUAAGGAAAUUCUCCCUCAAAAAGCACGUCUAAAAUGAAUUACUAUAAAGAAGGGAAAGUUUACAGUAACUAAUGUCAAGGUUGGAAUUUAUUAAGUUGUCUAGUUGGUAUGUAUUAAUUAUUAUAAUACUGAGGAAUACAUACAAAAUAUAGGCUAUUAUAGCAUGUAUAAAAAAGA